AUGGCCGAGGCAGAAGCUGAGCAACAGUUCGUCAGAAUCUCAAUCUACACACCACUCAUCUAUGUUGCUGUGGUGAGUACUGCGUUCGUGGUGUUUUCCAUCUACUACAGACGUCAUAGACUCAACAAGUUGAUCGAUGUCGAGCCGUUCUUUGGGCGCAAUUACUCGUUGGAGUUGUAUGCUGCUGUCAAAGACAGAUAUUAUGAUAAGGAACAACCCAAGGAGGGUCGUCCUCCAGAAAAAGUGGUGAAGGCUGCGUUGUUGAGAAGAGCCGUGGAAGCCAUCCGUAGAUCGUUGAAGUUGAAGGAGAACGAGCCUGUGUUCAACAAAUUGUACCAGGAUGGACUCAUUGGAGAUGACGUAUUCAAGCAGUUUGAAUUCCAGAAUAAGGUGCAGCAGUUAGAGUUGAAGGAGAUCGUGGAGGAAUGCCAGCUGUUCAAUAAGGAAUGGCCCGCCACGUUUUUCCCUGUGGCACAGGAGAUUUGUUAUAAUGAGGCGUUGAGAAGACGUCUUCAUAGCAUGGAUGAUCGUUCGGAGAGUUUGUCGGAGUUGUGGAACUAUUAUGUUGAGAAGCUGGAGAAAUAA